GUUGAUAGCAUGAGUUACCUACUCAAUGAGUACUUUUUUGGUAAAUGGAAGAGCUAUAAAUAUUAAUAACUUAAUAGAUUGUUCUGUUAGUUUUAUGGAGAAAAGUUUUCACCGUGAAAUAACAUUCAUUUGACUCUCAUUCAAUCGACAAUGAAAUAUUUGACUUUGAUCAAUUAUUUUCUUAUAAUCAUCUUAACAGUGACGAUUGUACCAUUUUCAACGUUAUCAUUGCGUGAAAUCGACUUCUUAUCAAGCACGUUCAAUGAUGUAAAAGGUGCUGUGAUACCAGCCAAAGUUUUCAAUGCAAUUUUGAAACGACGAGCCAACAAAAUCAAUGAGUUCAAAGAGAUAAACAAUUUGAGUUCAAAAGAGUUGAUAUUCUGUGACUUUCUUCGCGAUUCUUUGGAUUCGAUGCAAGUUCUGGUGAAUUCAUCGUCUAGAUCAGUACAAAUUGUGGUAAGAAGUAAUUUGGUCUACUCUUAUAAAGACAUUGUCGCCUCUUUUUAUUCUGUUUUCAAUAAUGAGCGAACAUCUUCAGUUGACUAUGCUCCAGUUGUGCGACGUGCGACAAGUCCGAUCGAUUAUGAGCCUCCAAGUAAUUUUUGUGGCUGUUACCCAUUAGAGAAUAGAAGUCCAGAGAUGAAAAUUGUUUACCCAAAGUCAAAGAUGUUGAUGCUGAUAGAUGAAUAUAAAAGUGACUUUGAUUUAUAUGUCGACUAUAAAACGGAUCAAAAGCCAUAUUUGAGUUCCUUCAUUGAACAGCUAGAAACCCUCAAAUUGCAAAUUUCUAAUGCAACUGAACUGGAUAAUGAUCUAGAUGAAUAUAAUCGCAAAAAGGCGAAUCUCGAAGCAUUUAAAGUUAUUAACACGCAAUUUGAAUUCAUAGUGGAAAUGUUUUUGUAUCAAACGACCAGAAUUAAAUCGAAUUUAGAUUCGAAUAGUUUCCGGUUUUCGCACUAAAUGCCUGUUGCAAUUUAUUCAACAAAGUAAUAAACUUCUCAAUUAAAUCACUCUUCGCUGUACACACGAGUGAAUCGUUUCAUGUCAAAUGAUAUUCAAUAAAAAUAUUUGUAAUCAUGAACAGAUGCAAGUUAAAUUGUAAAAUUGAAA